GAAACAUAUAGGGCACUCCAACUCUAUGAUUGGGAACUAUGGGCCAUGGUGAUUCUUGAUGGCGGUCGCGCCAGGUAUUCAUCCACCUGGAAAGAUGCCUCCAAAUCACCAUGGAGUAUCGAAUAAGACCAUCAAGCAUUUUUCAAGUGCUUGCAAAAAUAAUAAGAUAACCGCAAAGAAUUGCCCGUACGAACAAGGAGACCCCAGCCCGAUGAGAAUGGCGACAUCCCAGAGGGAGGUUUCUAUCACAAGCAGGAGUACAGGGCCAACAGCACCAAGAAGCCUUUGUAGAUUCUUCGAUGCCCGUGAUGCUAUCGUCCAGGCUGACCGAAUCCUUACUGGAGGCAAGAACCAGUGUGAGCUUUGGAUUGGAUUCAGUCAGCGUGAAUUGGGUCCUGAUGCAACCAUUAUUGGCUCCACUCCUUGGGGUAGAGGUGUCCGCACUGAUGAUUUCGACAUUCCCCUGGUGUUUGCAACAAGUAGAGUCAAUCGGCGAUGGAUACAAGAUGUCGAAUUAUACAUACAUUACAGUACUACCAUGGGUCGUCUAGAGCUUCUUUAAACUAUUGGUACUACCAUUCUAUGUGGCACUUCAGCGUCUUACAAAUUUCUGUGUGGAUCCUCAUUAUCCGUGUACAUUAGGAUCUGGGUUGGGUUGGUUUCAUGUUGUCAGCACCACAGUGUGCUGUCAUUGCUGUUUUGCGUCCGCAGAACGCGGUUAAACGGAUUUGGAUCGUUGCACCCCCACUGCUACGGAUCUAGCU